AUCUACUUCUUGGUCGAAGGAGCACACACAAAAAAUAAAUUUCCAGUAAAAAAGUGUGUGGAGCCAUUGGAAACUUCGAAAAAAUCCAAAGAAAACGACUUCGGAUAAAUGGCAACUGGUGGAGGAACCGUUAAUAUUGGAGGUGGUGCAGCUUUGGGAGCAACAUCAGCAGCAGCAAUCAAUGCGAAUCUUCAAGCCCUCCAGACUUUUCAUCAACGUUGUGGUCGUCGUAUAACACUUUCCAAUGGCAAUAGAACAGCUUCUAGAUCUGUAAGAGAUUUCAGUCACGCCCUGGUGUUUAGUUCGGAGCCAUUGAUAGAUGAUGUCUUGUUUGAAGUGGUCAUAGAACGAAAGAACCAUUCUUGGGGCGGUAGCAUUGAAAUUGGUGUCACCUCCGAGUCACCGGACAAGCUGGAGCUACCUUCAUGUGCCACUGUUAUGCGUAAUGGCACCUGGGUAAUGUCAGGAAUAGAUGUACGCAAGGAUGGUUUAUGCCUUACCGAAUUUUAUGGCGUUGAUCUGGAGACUCUAAAUGUGAAUGACCGUGUAGGGGUCAUGCGUACGUCCAAAAAUGAAUUGGAGUUUUAUGUUAAUGGUGAAUCACAAGGUGUGGCGGCGGUUAAUAUGCCUAAGACUUUGUGGGCUUUGGUGGAUUUGUAUGGGCGCUGUGUUCAAGUGUCUUUAUGUCCUACGGAUGCAGUGGCCAGUAGUGGUGGCGGUGUUGGAGUUUGUAGUGUGGACUUUCAGGAGGAAAUGCCUCAACAUUCCCAGCAAAUCGUGCAAAACAUUGAUGUGGAUGUUACCGUCACCAGCUCAUAUACUCCAAAUGGGGGCGUACUUGCCGAUGCCGCUUCAUCAUUGGCCAAUUCUGCCAUUUUGACGUCGGGCCUGUGUGGUCUUUCUUUGGGCAAUACGGGCAACACGCCUACUUCUAUUUCAUCUGUGGGUGAUUAUUAUGACAUGAACGACAGAUUGCGUUUUCAUACCCGCUGUGGUUCGUUGGUAAAGCUAUCACCCAAUUGCCGUUCAGCCGAAAGAAGGCGCCCCUUGGAUGAAUUUAACAAUGGUGUGGUUAUGACCCAUCGCCCUCUGAAAGACAAUGAAUUAUUUGAAAUACGCAUUGAUAAAUUGGUGGACAAGUGGUCGGGUUCCAUAGAGGUUGGGGUGACCACCCACAAUCCCAAUGUUUUACAUUUUCCUGCCACAAUGACAAACAUGCGCUCGGGCACAAUAAUGAUGUCGGGCUGUGGCAUUUUGACCAAUGGUAAGGGCACGCGACGCCAAUAUGGCGAAUUCAAUUUGGAUGAGUUGAGAGAAGGUGAUCGUGUGGGCAUGAUGCGCAAGGCUAAUGGAAAUCUCCACUACUAUAUUAAUGGCCAAGAUCAAGGAGUAGCUGCCACUCGAGUACCUUCUACUCUCUGGGGGGUUAUUGAUUUAUAUGGCAUGACCAUUAAGGUGACGAUUGUGGAUAGGGAUGAACGAGAACAACAGAAUUUGGUGACCCGGCGUAACAAUCUAAUAUCGACAAAUAGUACUUCCAUAGGCGGUAUGACAGCAAAUGGAAGUGGCAUUGCGAAUUCGGCAGCGCCCACUCCAGUUCUUAGUUUGCUUAGUCCUGAAAGUGAGGUGGCGGCCAUGGCGGAUUCAGCACUUACAGCACCGGCGGCUAAUCAGUCCAGAAAUGAUGAUCGCUUGACUUUUCAUCCCAUGUGUGGAUCACAUGCAAAUGUUACACAUUCCGGCAGAACGGCAUUGAGGCCAAAUGCCUCCGAUGACUUCAAUAAUGGUGUAGUACUAACACGACGUCCUUUGAGGCCCAAUGAAAUGUUUCAAGUUCGGUUGGAACGAGUUGUUACCAAAUGGGCGGGUUCGGUUGAAAUGGGAGUUACCACCCACAGUGCAGAGGAGCUUGAUUUCCCUUUUACCAUGACCAAUGUUCGCUCUGGAACUUGGAUGAUGACCGGCAAUGGUGUGAUGCAUAAUGGCAUUACUGUAAUCGAACAAUAUGGCCAGAAUCUGGAUCGCUUACAAGUGGGCGAUCGUGUGGGUGUGGUUCGCAAAGAUGACGGCACACUUCACUUCUUUGUUAAUGGCGUAGAUCAAGGCCCGGCUGCCUCAAAUGUUCCUGAACGUGUUUAUGGUGUCAUAGAUUUGUAUGGACAAGCUGCCCAGGCUUCCAUAGUGGACACAUCUGAGUGCAAUAGCCCAGAUACAGGCAAUUCCACAAUAUCGAAUACCACUUUGUACAGUGAAACGCCUUUAAGAUUCCAUACCAUACAUGGCAAAAAUGCUAGUAUUUCGAAUAGUGGUUUAACUGCAUCGCGACCCAACUCUUUGGCGGAGUUUAAUGAUGCCAUUGUUUUCAGCAAUCGCCCUUUGAGACAAAGGGAACUUUUUGAAGUGUCUCUCGAGGAGGUGGUUAGGCAUUGGUCGGGCAACAUAGAGAUAGGAGUUACUGGCUCCCGUCCCGAGGAUAUACAGUUGGCGGCCAAUGCCACUGAAAUGGAUGCCAUUGACACAAUCAUAUUGUGUGGCCCCAUGAUUUUUCACAAUCGUAAAAAGCUACGGUCCAAUGUUUUGGUGGAUCUCGACACCUUGGGCACAGGGGCUCGGGUGGGGGUAAUGCGAAAUGGCGACUUUAUACAUUUUUUCAUAGAUGGCGUAGAUCAAGGACCGGCUUGUGAGUGCCGCUCACCUAAUGUUUGGGGUGUCAUUGAUUUAUAUGGCCAAUGUGCCCAGGUAUCUUUGACACAAACCCAAACAGCGGAUAUGCGUGCUCCAUACGCUACCAGUGAGAACUCGCAAAGUUGUCAGGCCACUUCGGUUAUACAGCCCACCACUUUGGAGACAAAACAUCGUUGGACCUGCAUUUCGGGCAAUGUUACUUUGACACAGAAUUGGACAGUGGCUUCACGUCUAACGGGAGCAUCGGCAGCAUUGUCGCGUUGUGUGGUAUUCUCCGAGCAUCCUUUGAGUGUGGGCUCGCCCUUUGAGAUAAAAAUCGUUUCGCACAAUCCUUUGUUUGCGGGCUGUCUUAGCAUUGGCAUUACCGAUCUUAAUUUGUCCGAUGACAAUGUGCGUAAAAACAUUCCAUUGAGUAUUAAACGCAUACCAGCUAAUGUUUGGUAUGCCUCAGGCAACGAGGUUCGCUAUAAUUCCACGUUAUUGCAAAGAUCCAUGACUUCAUUAGAAUGGCUGCGAGUGGGAGAUCGCAUAGCCUUAGAAUUAACGCCCGCUCGAACAUUACGCAUUUUGCUUAAUUCUGAAGACAUGAAUAUACAAUUCCAAAAUGUGCCCAAUGAUGUUUAUGUGGUUGUUGAGCUUCAAGGUUCUACCAUGGCCGUACAGGUGAUUUCCUCCCAAGGGCCUACCUCCCCACUCAGACCGUUCAGUUUGCGUCUACAGGAUUCUUUGGAAUUUGGCGUGGAUCCCUUGAACAAACAGGAUUCAAUGUUGGAGUCCAUUGAUUCUGAAGCUUUGAUUUAUGAGUUCUCCGAUAUUUAUGGGAAAAAUAUCAGGCUUUUCGAUGAACAUCGUUCGGCAAUGCGUACCCAAUCUUACAAUCAUGGCUUGAUAUUUGUAACCAAGCCUUUAUGCAAAGGAGACAGUAUUAGUAUAAAAAUCGAUUCCAUUAACACCAAAUGGAAAGGCUCGAUUGGCUUAGGUGUAGUGGGUCAAUGUCCCCAAAUCUCAAGUGGUUCUGCCUUACCACCGUCCAUUAUACAGUGUAAACGUCCUUGUUGGUUGGCCACACACGAUUACAUCAAUAUAAAUGGCCAACAAAUAGCGUCAAAGUAUGGCGAAGCUUUGGAACAUAUACAACCGGGCACUGUUAUAACCAUGACACUAACUCAUGCAGGAAUGUUGAUCAUAAUGGUGGGUUCCAUUAAUCUGGAGGAUCUAGCUUCUGGUCUUUCGAAUCAUGUCUAUCCCGUCUUCGACCUCUAUGGUAAAUGUGAACGCAUAACAAUUAUCACCGGCAGUGAUAUGGCUCGCAAUGGCACUCCCAUUGUGGAAGAAUCAACCGCUUUGGAAAUUGAUUCCAUAGAUCAGGACUCUAGUAUACCACAAUGUGAGAAGGCCGAUUUGGAAGUACACGAAAAAGAAACGGAACAAUCCUCCAGUGUAAACACCAAUCCUACCACUACCAGUGCAAUGAAUCGUUCUGUUUUGGAAAGCGUUUCGGAAAAUCUUUUGCUCAAUAUGUCUAUUAAAAAUCGUACAUUAGAACAGAAUCGUGCUGAUCCUAGUAGUUCGAGUUCAUCAUGCUGCCUGCGGGAAUCACUUCAGUUGCAGCACACCACUAAUCUAAAUAUACAACGAAGUCAGAGUACACAACGUUUUUACAAUGCCCUAAUCGCUUAUGCUACCGCACCGCCAAAUGAGGGCUAUAGUGGGCCCUCCACUUCGGCUGCAGCUUGUGCCCCAACUGGUAGUGGUGGUGGUGGCGCUGGUAGUUUGGUAGCCUCACAAAACUAUGAUACCAAUAAGGAAAUGGAUCAACCAGAAGAAGUCUUGGGAGCGGUGGGAGGAUUUUCACCCAGAGAUACGGCCGAAACGGAAGAUCCAAAUGUUCGUUGUGCUUCCAAAGAAAACCCUCAUGAAUUAAAUGAAGAAGCCAAUUUGGCUUUGCAACAGCAACAGAGGCAAGAAAACGAACAGGAAAAUAAUAAUAAUAGCUUGGUAAACAACAACGCCAGUAAUCAGGUGGAAAUGCCCACGGGUAAUGCGCCACCUGAAAUUGUCGAAAAUCAUGAAGGUGUAGUGGGCGAUGAAGACUACGUGGUGGAUGUGUUCAAUGAUCGUUUACUUUUGCUGCGCCAGCUGCAUUUGCAAAGGCGGCAGGAGCAGCAGCGUAUGCAGCAACAUUUGCAGCUGGACAACAAUUCCUCCUCAUCUUCCACCCAAUUUGAUAGUAUGCAGUCCAUAGCCUCAAUCGAACGCAAGGAUUGUGAAUAUCUUAAGCUGGUGCAACAAUUUCGAACUUCCCUUGUAUUGCCGGAUAGCUUUUUUCAAACUUCCAUAGAGCCCAUUUGUUUUUGUGUCCACUGUAAUGCUCAGGCUUCAGAGAAACUUCAUGGCUGGGUGUAUUUCAAACUUAAUCAGCAGACAGUAAAUUCGAAUUCCUCCACCCAACAUGCUCUGGAUGGGGAUCUCAAUGGCGAUUGGCUACCUUUGUUCUAUAUGACACGCGUCGAUAAAAUUCGUGCUAUAUUAGAUCAUGGCCAACCCCUGCCCAUUGAUACAAAUGGUGAAACUCAUUCGCAUAGUAGUAGCAAUCAGAAAGAUGAGCCUGGCACUCGUCUCGAGUUGCAUUUCACACCCAACUCCACAGCCAUUAUACCCAUUAACCAACAGCAUAAAUAUCAUCUGAAUGGUCAAUCGUACAAAAUCAAUACUGCCUUUGAGGUUUAUGUGCGGCGUCAGAGUAUCUGCGCUUCUUCGAAGUCCUCCGCAAACGAAGUAGUCAAGUUUCAUGAGGAAAGGCGUUCCUCCACCUCCGAUGUAGACAUGGCUGCGGCAGGUGGUACCACAUCAUCUACCUCAGCUACUGCUGGAGCAAAUCAUGCGGCCAAUGAGUUAUAUGCUGGUCCCUCAACGUCGCUCUCCUCGGCGCCCGUCAUUAAAGAUCAGACUUGGUUUACCAAAGAAGCCGGAGCUUGUGUUAUAACCGCCUUGAUAUUGAAGCUGGACAAAGUUUCAUCAGCAACAACUAAUGACAUGCAUUAGCUUGCUUAUAUACUAAUAUGGUUAUAAUGAUAUUUGAUAUUAUGUACUAAUAUACACAUCCUUACAUACUUAUAUUAGCUAUAAAUACCCAUUUGUAUAAGUACGGGAUCUUUGUAAUGCUUUUAAAGGGAUGCUCUAUUUAAAUGUUUGUUUCCUUUUGAUGAUUAUCUGCUAUUUUCUUAAUGACGUACUUCUUUUUGUAUGCACAAAGCACUGAUUAGUCUUUAGUUUCGAAACAAAAUACUGUACUGGUUAUUUUUUUAAUUUCCAUUUAAACAAGUUAUGCUUAUUUUCUAAUUUUGGAAAUUGCCGCAGGUAUUCCAUGAAUGUGUAAAUCAAUCAAAUGAAACUGUAAAAACAAAAUUAAACCGUAACAAUUGCAAUAAAGUUCGAAAGAAAUUUA